CGUGAUCUUUUGUAGGAACACUCAGAACAGACUGUCGACUGUGUGUCCUUUCUCGGCUUCCAAGUUUAGAAUUUGUCAGUAAAAGUUCGAGAGAUACAAAUACACGAAGAGAGACUUCUCCUUGGACCUUAAUAAAUCCAUUCUCUUAAGAGACUAAACUAAAAGCUGACAUGGACAAUCUAAAAGUAGUCAGGGAGCUCCGUGAUUUGGCUGCUGUCCCUCAAAACAGGGCUACAAUCGUCAGGGAUCGUGGCUGUCUACCUGGUCUAGUAUUGUUCCUUGAUAAUUCCAAUCAAGAAGUUGUGGCAACUGCUUUAGAGGCAUUGCAUUAUUUAGCACAGACGCAUUCCAAUCGCUCGAUAAUGAAGAAUGAAGUUGGACUUGUUAUCAGUUUAAGGAGCAUCAUGGAGAGGUCGGAUUAUGAUCCUAAUGUUGUCCAAUUGGCUGAUAGCAUUCAUCGUUUGCUUAUUCCUCCUGCUGGAGCAGUGACAAGGCCUUUAGCUCAAGCAAGAGGAGGAGCUGCUGCUAGAAGUGGGAGUAAUACUUUUUUGGGUGCCUCAAACAGGAAAGCAAGAACUAUUGUAUUACAAGUCUCUGGUCUCGUUGAUCAAGAAACAAGGUCAAUUGUUGAAGACAGUCUGCUCACAGUGAAGGGUGUUGUCAGCUUCACUAUUGAUAUUGGUAGACAGAGAUGUACAGUCAGACUCAGAAGUGAUUUGAAGCCAGAGUUGUUAUGUGAAGCCAUUAAUGGGACCGGGAUACUGCUGGCACAACAAGUAGUUAAGAAUGAGCUAGGGGAAGAGGUCCUCCUCUCGUUUGGGUCUACACCUCAAGCUCACGUACAGGACGAGAAAGAAAACAGUCGACCAAUGAGAUUGCCGGAAUAUUUACCAGAAGAGGAUCAACUUGAUGAAGACAAGGCAAUAGAGAAGAGUGGGGCUGUCGGUGAAGGUGGUGGUUGGCUGAGCUCUGUUACCGGAUUUAUUGGCAAAGCUUUCUAUUGGUAGCAGCAGGACUCAACCGGUCACUUAUUGCACUAUCAUCAACCUGAACCAACCUUUCCAUUUACUGUGUUUUAGUAAUCAUCUUUCUUCUCUUUUCUGUCUCUCCUGGCAUGUUUCUCUCUCUUCUUGUAUAAAUAUCAACUCGACAGCAAUCUUAUAUGCACUUCGUCUCAUUUGAGUUUGUACUGUGUGUAUGUGUAUGAUUAAUUUCAUGUAAUAACAGACCAGUUAUGGUUAUUGUUAUUAA